GAUUAGCUUGACAUAAAGUGUACUAACUCUUGGGUGGAUAAAAUCGGUUUAUUUCAUAUUAAAGCAAGGGGCUGUUUUGUUCUCUAAAGCUCUUUUACUAAAAUGUCGUGGGGAAUUAAAACAACUUGACAUGGAUAUCACUUGGAGAUGCCUUUCCGGAAGCAGCUAAAGUCCAGUCAACCUCAAGCGUUUGGGAAAAACGCGCUACUACAGAAGCAGUAUGAGCGACUGUACAACAGGUUAGAGAGGGAACGGAAGUCAACACAGAGAAGAAUACAAGCGACAGAGGAGAAGUGUGUUCAUUCUAUUUACAGUUUACUUCAAGAGGCAGAGACAUAUGAGCAGGAUAAAAGGCGUGAACAGGAAGAGGAGGAAGAAAAACGGAUCAAGAAAGAAGGAAAGACUCCUGUCUUCUUUUACGAAAUUGAGAAUGAAUAUGAACCGAAACAACCGGAAACCAAAACAGUCCGUGGUCGACCAAUGACGGCCUCCGUAAGUACCCGGAUAAAAAGUGCAGAUCGCAGAGAUUUGUCCACGCGCCCCUCCUCGGCGGGACCGGCGCUAUCCGUUGACCGAAGGGGAUCGGUGUCCACAGCGAGUGUCGUUAUAAGGGGGUCAAGUGCUGAUAGAUCUAACAGAAGGUCAUCAAAUGCAAGCUCGUGUGAUUCUAUUAAAAAGGACAGCAGUUUAAAUUCAAGACCGUGUUCUGCUAAAACAGACGUAAAUCAAGGAAAAAACUUUAAGCUUUGGCAACUCAGUCCUCAGAGGGACAAUGAAAAGAAACUAUCAAUCAAGAACAGAGAAAGUUCUGCGAAGUCUGUGGAAGAAAAUCAAGAUCCAGUUGUAUUGAAUUCUUUUGCACGACCGAAAACAGCCGAUAGGUUCCGACGUCGGACACCUGACGACGAGCUCUCGGAGUACUGGAACCGUAGAGUAGCGAGGAUAAUCCGAAAGUGGGAUCUUAAAGACAAUGAACAGUACACCAAAGACAUAAGAGUCAUCAGAGACAUUGGGCCUCCUCCCUACAAAAGACUAGACUCAAAAACAGGGGAGGCAGAGUUAAAAACAAAAAGUUUCAUUCAAAAAUAUUCCGGACAGUAUCGCUCACUGUUGAGACCAGAAACAGCUCCAAUUUUAGAGACUAGAGCAAAGAGGAACGAAAAGAUAAGUAGACAAGAGAUGGCUAGUAUCAAUGCUGACACGGCCAAAUACAAGAAGAACACCAGAAUGCUUCUAUUGAAAAGUAGGGAAAUCAAACUGUAUGUAGAAAAUUUGCCCGGCGUAGACAAGACACAAAUCAUUUUGGAUACAUAAUCCAUUUUGUAAUAUUUUUUUAUUUCAGAUAUCAAUUAAUUUAACUGAUAAAUGACACUAAAUAUUGAUAAUUCAUUAUUUGCAACACAUAAAUAUCAACAUACUACAUGUAUAAGUUAUUAAUGUACAAGCAUAUUGAAUUGACCAAAACAUAUUCUGUAUUUAAAGAAGAUACUGACAAUGAAAUAAAACAUAAUACAUA